AUGAAGCACAUUCCAGUUGCCGUGCUGUCUCGAACGCGUCCAGUCAUGAGCGCACGCACACUUUCAACCUCCGGAUAUCUUCAGCCAACUCACGCAUCACCAACACCUCCCUCCCAGGCCACUCAACAAUAUCUUUCUCUCGCUGACAAGUACCUCCUUCCCGUGUACGCGCGACCGGACUUUGUACUCUCCCAUGGCAAAGGUUCCUACGUCUGGGAUGUGGAUGGGAAGAAAUACCUCGAUUUCAGUGCGGGGAUUGCCGUCAACGCUCUGGGACACGCUGACGAGGGAGUUGUCAAGGUUCUCUCAGAACAAGCUGGGAAGCUCCUCCACACAAGCAACGUGUAUCACAACGAGUGGGCCGGUAAACUAGCCGAACUCCUCAUCACGCUCACGCAGCAGGAAGGUGGGUUGGGAUACACUCCCAGCAACAACGGCCCACAUGCUUCGAAAGUAUUUUUCGCCAACUCGGGUACAGAGGCAAACGAAGGUGCCCUCAAAAUUGCUCGCAAGGUCGGAAAAGACCGGUGGGCUGCCGCCGCUCCAGGCCGGAGCUGGGACUCGGAGGCGUGCACGAAAACACGGAUUGUGUGCUUUGAACAGGGGUUCCAUGGCCGCAGUAUGGGUGCGCUUAGCGUGACAACGAACCCAAAAUACCAGGCCCCAUUUGCACCACUUAUUCCUGGGGUAGACGUUGGUAAAUUGAAUCAGUUUGACGGACUGGAAACUCUGGUUACGGAUGCCACUUGUGCCGUAAUUGUGGAGCCUAUCCAGGGGGAGGGCGGCAUUCACCAGGCCAAGGAGGAAUGGCUCAGAGCGUUGAGGAAGCGCUGCGAUGAUGUUGGGGCUGUCCUGAUAUUUGACGAGAUCCAGUGCGGGUUGUACCGUUCGGGGACACUUUGGGCGCAUUCGCGUCUCCCGGAGGAUUGCCAUCCUGAUAUAGUAACGAUGGCGAAACCGCUCGCCAAUGGUUACCCCAUUGGCGCAGUGUUACUGCGAGACACUAUUGCGGCGACAAUGACCGCAGGCACUCACGGAACAACAUUCGGAGGGUCACCUUUGGCCUGCGCAGUAGGCCACCAUGUUUUAAGCAGGCUUUCAACUUCCGAAAGCAUUGCGCAUAUCGCGGAGACGAGUAAAUAUCUCUCCGGACGGUUGGAGCAACUGCCUAAGUGGUUCCCGAAUAUUCUCCAGGAGCAAAUCCGUGGGCGUGGGUUGAUUCUAGGGCUCGGGUUCAAGGAUGUGAACGCAUCUGGCAAAGUCGUGGAGAUGGCUCGAGAGCGUGGGGUAUUUGUAUUAACAGCGGGUAAGGAUGCUGUGAGAAUUGUUCCGAGUUUGAACGUGGGGAAGGAGGACGUAGAUUUAGCGGUAGAUGUACUGGAGGGAUGCCUGGGAGUGCUCAGCACAACCUAA